CUGCUGGCUCCGGGAAGCGGGGCUAGGGGCAGGGUGACCCCAGCUUCCCAGUCACCCCAUCACCCAGCCCUGCACACCCCGACUGACCCUCAGCCCGGCCGUGGGAGAGGCUGCGGGAUGGCCGAGGGAGAAAUCACCACCUUCACUGCCCUGACAGAGAAGUUCAACCUGCCCCCGGGGAACUACAAGAAACCCAAACUCCUGUACUGCAGCAACGGGGGCCACUUCCUACGGAUCCUCCCAGAUGGCACAGUGGAUGGGACCAGGGACCGAAGCGACGAGCACAUCCAGCUCCAGCUGAGCGCAGAAAGCGUGGGAGUGGUGUACAUAAAGAGCACCCAGUCGGGGCAGUACCUGGCCAUGGACACCAACGGGAUGCUCUAUGGCUCGCAGUUACUGGGUGAGGAGUGCCUGUUCCUGGAAAGGAUCGAAGAAAACCAUUACAACACGUACAUCUCCAAAAAGCACGCUGAUAAGAACUGGUUUGUGGGUCUGAAGAAGAACGGGAACAGCAAGCUGGGGCCGCGGACUCACUACGGCCAGAAGGCGAUUCUCUUCCUCCCGCUGCCUGUCUCAGCCGACUAAGCCCCGUCCCAGCAGCUCAGAGAUGACCCCAAAUACCAAAACCCAACCGCUGCCGCCUCCUUAGAGCUCGUUAGAGCUCCGAGCUUUAGGUCAAGGCUUUACCAAAACUAGCCAAAGCAGAGCUCCUCAGCUCUGCACAAAGCUUCGCAGAGAUGAGGGGAAGAGCCCUGACACCCUCCCAAGGGCCACCGGCCCCCCUGGCUCCCCCUGCCCUCCGCUGUCCUCUGUUGUGUGCCAUGACCACGCUGCAGAUCCUGGGGACACACAUGGACCUGCCCCAGGCAGGCACCCAGAAACCUGCCCAAAGGGCACCCCAAGGUCACCCCAGUUACCAGAGAAGUGCAUGCUUUGUGUCCCCAGGCAUCCUAAGGCAAACCCCUCCUGGAUACUGUGUAUUAACGUAUUUAUCUAUCUAAGUAUGUAGCUUCUAACGUGACCUCAAGCAAUCCCAGACUGCACCAUCAGUCCUGUUAUCCAGGGCCAGCCUGGUGAAUGCUGGCCAAUAUCCUUGGUGUGUUAAGCUGAACAAGCAGGCAAAGCUCCAGACCCAGACCUUGGCCUCCCUCACAACACCUGUAGUGCUGUAUUUUAUGCUAGUACCUGCCACAUGUUAUUAUUAUUUAUUUAUUAAGUAAGUAUGUCUCUUCUACAGUCUGUUCAUAGGUAAUUCCAGGCACCAAAGCCCCUUGAUGCUGUCUCAGUGGCAGUGGCAGUCAGUGACUGGUGUGAGGGUGUCAGGAAGGGGCUGCGUGACAGUGGCUGCACAUCGCACACAUUCCCAGGGGGAUUCCCCCACUGCUCUGGUGUCUGGCUACAUGGGGCUCUAAAAAUGCCACUGGAGCCCCUUGAUGACUCCCAAACCUUGUGAGAAGCUGUUUCUCCUCACCUGGCAUGAUGCAGCUCAAGAGCCACUCCUGCCACUGAGAGCAUCACAGGAGCACCAAGCUGCCACACUACACCCAGAGCAUCCAGAGCUUCUCUGGAAAACCUGUGCCAGGGCCUCACCACCCUCACAGGGAGGAAUUUUCCCUAAUAUCUAAUCUAAAUCUACUUUUCUUCAGCUUAAAGGCAUUCCCCCUUGUGUUAUCCUGCCAUCAUGGACAGGGACAAGAGACAAGUGCUCUCUGUUCCCAGCAAACCCCAAGCAGCCAUCUCUACACAAGAGAGGAAUAAAGGGCACUCUGCCUUGCAUAUUUCUGCUACA